AUGGCUGAUCCGUACAGCAUCUUGGGCCUCACCGGCCCGGUUGAGCAAAUCGUCCGCCUCAUCGCAAGUCUCAUCGAACGACACAAAGCCUACAAGGAAAACAAAACGCUCUGUACCGAAAUGCUCGCCGCCUACACCACCUUGCAGGCAGACAUCACGGCACUGAAAGACAUGCCGAUCCAAGGAACGUCGUCGCACACAGGCUUGCUCCAACGUGAAGUCGCGGACAUCUCGAGCUUCAUAUGGAAGUCCCUCGCUGAGCUGCAGAAAGAGUCGGACGACCCAAAAGCGAGACUCGGUCCGUUCACCUCUGCAGUGGGAGAUAGAAAAGUACUAGGGAAGCGCAAGCACCCAAAAGGGAGACUCCGUACGUUCGCCUGUGCAAUGAGAGAUAGCGAAGUUCUAGAGAAGCGCAAGGAAGAAGCGUGCCACCUUCACGAUCGUAUUAUCCAAGCAAGCACGGGCAUCGAUGUUCGCGCGACUCGCGCAGCCGUCGAAUCGAUCAGACGAGGCACGGGUGAUGUGUUCAGGGCGUCAAUAAGAGCCGAACGUAAUCCUGCGUCGAUAUAUGUGAAGCUUGAUUCUCAAGGGAGCGAUGGAUUGCCGAACACGUGUGAGUCGCGUCUAAAAGCGGCUGUGCUACGGAGAGAUAAUAACGAGCAAGUGGGUGCGACAGCAGUGGGACAGGGCGGAGUCGGGAAGACGUGUGCCCUACGAGCGAUCGCGCACGACGAUAAGAUUAAGGCGGAGUUUUCGGGAGGAGUGUACUUCAUGUCGCUGGGGAAAGACGGAAACGUGGGACGUCUGAUUGACGAACUUUGUGUGAUUGUGGAAACGUCCGGCGGCAUCCAGACGGCUGCGGAAAUGCGAGAGCAGAGCGAGUUUGAAAGGGUGUUAGCGAGGGUACACGCGUGGUUUUACAGUCAUGUGUGCCUGUUCAUCGUUGAUGAUGUGUGGGUCGUGAAUGAUAUAGACGCAAACAUCCUUCAAAAGUUGUCUGUUCUGACUGGCACUGCGGGGGGCAGCGGGGAAAGGACGAGCAGACUACUGUACUCCACGAGGGAUAGGGAGCUGCGUCAGAUUGGGGAGCAGGUUUCUUUCGAGCCGAGAGAGACGGAAGGGAAAGAAGCAGUUGACAUGCUUGUGCACGCGAGUAUUGGCGAGGCGAAUCGAGAGGAAGUAGAUGAUGCAAGAUGCAAAGAGGCCGUGAGUGAAAUACUGGAAAUGUGUGGCGGAUUGCCGCUUGCCCUGAACGUGGCAGGAACGAGUGUGAGGUACAUGAGGGAAAGAUGGGAGGGAGAAGUGUCAGAAGCAUGGGGGGAGUACGUUUCGAGGAUGAAGAGGCGUAACACGAUUCGCGGGGAGAGUCCGAGGGACGGAUAUUCGUCGUUGGAUGGGACAUUGCAUACGUCACUAGAUAUCCUGGAGUGCAAUGUGGGGAGCAGUGGGGAGACGGUUGGUGAUUUUUCGUUUCGAAAGAUGCACCGGAGUCUGUGCGUUAUGAAGAAGCAAGACCGGAUACCUUUGAGUUUGGUUGGAGAUUUGUGGGAGCUGGACGAGGAUUGGACGGAAUGGUGUGCAAAGCAGAUGGAAAGGGUUGGAUUAGUGGAACUGCAAUAUGAGAAGGGUUGUGGUAGGUUGCGGGUGCAUGAUCUGACGCACGAUUUCGCGGUGGAAGAAGCGAAGAAGAAGGAGGGUGUAGAGAAGUGGUGCAAGAAUAUGACAGAUGUAUGCAGGGCAGGAGGAGGGUUGCUUGCAAUGAGUGAGGGCCGAGACGGAGAGGGCAAGAGCGCACGGGAGGAGUAUGUUUUCGAGAACAUAUACCGUGUUCUGAAACAGGGUGGGUGUAUAGAGGAGCUGAAGAGACUAUUUUUGAGUGGGCGAUGGGUGAAGACAGUGAUACGGAGAGGCGGGGUUUGGCAGUACGAGGAAGCUGUGAAAGGAUUGAGUAGAGACUUGAAGCGAAAAAGAGGGAGCGGGAUGGUGGGAAUGGGACGGGUAGAUGAGGAUGCAGUGGAUACAAUGGUUUUGAUGAUGCGGGCUGCGCGACUGAGUGUACCAUUUUGUGGUGAAAGUAGUGCUGGGAUUUACUUUCAACUGUAUGGGCGAGUGAAGCACAAGGCACGGGAUUCAGGUUGUGUGCGAAAGAUCUUGGAAGAAAUCAAGAGAUACGCACCACGGCCGUGGGUGCUGCCUGUGAGUGAGUGUGUCACGCGAGCCGAUGGAAGGUUGGUAGAGCAGAUUGUCCUCCCGUGUGACAGUUGCAGAGACAUUCAAGUCGGCAUAGGUUCCAGGGGUGAAGUGUAUGGAUGUCAGGUGGGGGACUCGUCCAGGGGAGAAGUAACAGUUUUCACACAAUCUGCUGAGAAGGAGACGAAGAUGGUUCGAUUAGAAGGCGAGUUCGAAACGGAGAGCCAGAGCCCAGGGGACGUUGAAGCAAGAAGUGUAACUUCCGAAGUGACUGGAGAAAAACGGAGCGUGACGAGAGCUGCCUGCGCUUCUUUCUAUAAGAGGAAGGGGUAUGUUGUUGUGGGAUAUGAAGACGGGACGUUAAGGUUGUGGAGUACGUCGGAGAGGAAAGUAUUGAGAAGUUUCCGCGGUCACAGGUCGCGAGUGGUUUGCGUUGCGAUGAGUGGGGACGGAAGACGUGUGGUAUCUGGAUCGUGGGACAAUAGCGUGCGGGUGUGGGACGUGGAGACAGGAUCACAAGUUGGGGACGCGUUAGUUGGACACAAGGGUCCAGUGGUUGUCGUUGCGUUUAGUGGGGACGGAAGACGUGUGGUAUCUGGAUCGUGGGACUGGAGCGUGCGAGUGUGGGACGUAGAGACCGGAGCACAAGUCGGGGACGCGUUAGUUGGACACACGGAUACUGUGUAUAGCGUUGCGAUGAGUGGGGACGGAAGACGCGUGGUGUCUGGAUCGUAUGACAAAAGCGUGCGGGUGUGGGACGUGGAGACGGGAGCACAAGUCGGGGAUGCGUUAGUUGGACACACCGAUUCGGUGGAGAGCGUUGCGAUGAGUGGGGACGGAAGACGUGUGGUAUCUGGAUCGGAGGACAAGAGCGUGCGGGUGUGGGACGUGGAGACAGGAGCACAAGUUGGGGACGCGUUAGUUGGACACACCGAUGCGGUGUGGAGCGUUGCGAUGAGUGAGGAUGGAAGACGUACGAUAUCUGGAUCUCAGGACAAGAGCGUGCGGGUGUGGGACGUGGAGACAGGAGCACAAGUUGGGGACGCGUUAGUUGGACACACGGGUUCGGUGUGGAGCGUUGCGAUGAGUGGGGACGGAAGACGUGUGGUAUCUGGAUCGUGGGACAGCGACGUGCGGGUGUGGGACGUGGAGACGGGAGCACAAGUCGGGGACGCGUUAGUUGGACACACGAAUUCGGUGAAGAGCGUUGCGAUGAGUGGGGACGGGAGACGUGUGGUAUCUGGAUCCCGGGACAAUAGCGUGCGGGUGUGGGACGUGGAGACAGGAGCACAUGUCGGGGACGCGUUAGUUGGACACACCGAUUCGGUGGAGAGCGUUGCGAUGAGUGGGGACGGAAGACGUGUGGUAUCUGGAUCGGAGGACAAGAGCGUGCGGGUGUGGGACGUGGAGAGUGGGAUCACACUUCAUACCGGGAGAGUAGAGGAUUGGCAAGAAAUCACGAGUCGGUUCCUGAGGACGGGAGACUUGCGUGCUGCUUCUCUCGCAGGACGAACAUCACAAAUAUUUUCAAGGGACGGAGGAGUUGUGCAGAGGCGAGAGGAUGGGUCUGAGGCUGUGUUGGCCCAGUUGGACAAUCCGAAAGACUUGCAGAUAGAUCAUGAUCACGGGGUCGUAGUUGCAGGGGUGGGCCAUCUGGUUGCUAUCAUGAAGCUAGUGGUCUAAAUUGCGAAACGCGAUAAAAGCUUGGCGCCCGAGACA